GAAGUGGUAUAAGGCUCAGAUUCAAUUUAUUUAAAGUGACAGCAAGUGACAAAGGCAUUAACAUUUAAUUAACUUGUUUCUUUCCUUAAAGUAGAGAAUCAUCUAAUGCAAUCCCACGUUAUAGCUACUGUAAUACUGAGGCCCUGUCUUGAACAUUGAUUCUGAGCUGUAUUGUUUUACUUUAUAUUAUUUUAACAUGUAGAACUUUUUCUCCUGCCCUUUUUAUAGACAAAACAAUCUUGCAAAUAAGCAGCAGGUUUAUUGACAAUGAAACUACUUCUGCCUUAGUCAUGGUGCAUAUUUCUAAAAAAAAAAAAAAAAAGUAUUUCACCUAGGAUUAGUACCUUCAGGAUCUCUGGGGCAAAUAAUAAGGCUGCUGUGGCCAGUCUGCUGGUGCAUUAUGCUUAAUGGGACCUUCGAGCCCCAUACUCUCUGCAAAGGGAAAGAGGUGGAGGUUGUUAAUGUGGAUCCAGCAGAAAGCCCACUGAGUUAAUCAGAUCAUAUCACAUCUGAACAGACUUUUUGCCAAGAAGACUCAUAUUUACCCACCCUUUGCUGCUUAUCUGUGUUGACUGUGCAAUGCAACACUGCCAUCUAUGGAAAAGAGUUAUAGUCCGCUCACUGUUUAUCUUGCAUCACGUUGCCGCCUGUGUGCGUCCAGACGCAGCCGCCUGUCAUCUGGAGGAAACUCCUCCCAACAGACAGCGCGUCCUGUCGCCUUUGCAGCGCAAUGGUCUCCUGGAUCAUCUCUAGACUUGUGGUACUUGUGUUUGGUACACUUUAUCCUGCAUACUCAUCCUAUAAAGCUGUGAAGUCAAAAGAUGUGAAAGAAUAUGUGAAAUGGAUGAUGUACUGGAUAAUAUUUGCCCUAUUCACUACUGUGGAAGUAUUUACAGAUAUGUUUCUUUGUUGGCUUCCUUUCUACUAUGAACUGAAGAUAGCCUUUGUAGUGUGGCUGCUGUCCCCUUACACUAAAGGGUCCAGUGUGCUAUACAGGAAAUUUGUUCAUCCCACACUUUCCUCAAAAGAAAAGGACAUUGAUGACUAUAUUGGCCAAGCGAAGGACAAAAGCUAUGACACACUGGUGCAUUUUGGGAGAAAAGGGUUGAAUGUUGCAGCCACCGCUGCAGUCAUGGCUGCAACAAAGAGCCAAGGGGUCCUGUCAGACAGACUGAGGAGUUUCAGCAUGCAGGAUCUGUCUUCCUAUCAGUCUGAACCUGUUAACACUGGCCCUGGCACUACGCAGCCUGCAGCAGCACAGCAUCGGACCAGAACUAUGAUGCGCAGCAAGUCUGAGAGCCACAACAAGGGACAGGAUUUUGACAUGACUGAAUACGAGGUGUUGGGGUUGGACCAAUGGGACUCCAAGGGGUUGCUGUACCAGACCAUUUCACCUUCUGAGUCUGAGUCCACACACAUUACGCCCUCCUCACUGACAUCCCAGUCCUCCCAACCUCCCACACCCUCUCCACCUCCCACUCCUCCAGCUCCGGAGCAGCCUGAGGAUGUGGGGAAAGGGGUACAGGCAGCAUCAAGCUCUCCACAGCUCAGGCUGAGUAAGAGGAAGGCUCCUGAGCCUCCUCUUAGAGUCUUAAGGCCUCUCACAAGAUCCAGGAGUGCUCUUUCUUCGAACAAUGAAGCCAUGUGAAACUGUCCUAAAGACUACUCCAGCUGCCUUUGCUGCAAGAAGAGAAAAUACUGAAUGGCCAAAAGUUACAUGACUGAAGCAGCCUUGCUUCAGAAUAAGGUAUUACCAAAGUGACCUAUGAUGACCCCUCUAUAUAUAUAUAUAUAGUAUAUAGCUUGUGGCUCAUGAUUUAAAAAAAAUGAGGUUUGAGACAUUAAGAUAGAACAAAUGAAUGAAUGGGCUCCAUUCUGAUAAACAUUUUGAGUUUGUGGGUAAUUGAAUAUGCAUUUAUGUAUACAGGUUGUGUGAACUUCAUCUUUCUGAUUUGAUUGUUUUUAUAUAUCAGGUAAGGGUAGGCAAUCGCAUGUGUGUCUUCCCAGUCAUUUGUCCGCUGUUUAUUAAAACAGAAUGUACUGUCACUGAAUACUACAGCUGGCAUUGAGAGCGACAUGGUCAAUGUGGGAGAACGUGUUAAAAGCCAAGGAUCAAAAGAAAAAGCAUGGCUAUUCAAUCUGAGAAACAUCUGUGAGCAGCUCAAUCCUGUAAUGACAAAUUAUCAUUGUUAUCAUAUUAUUGUCAAGGUAUUGACAAAAACAUAAGACAACCUACCUUGUAGUAAUGAAAAGUCAGACAGCAGUGGCAGACAAUAUUCUGUUAUUUACCUCUCUAUAAAAGCCUUAAAGAAAGACAUAGCAGAGACACAUAAUUAAAAAAUGUCUCCACACAUGAUAUAACACAACUAUGUUCUCAUUAAACAAUCAUUUUGUACUAUAUUUUGAAUCCAAAAGUACUGCCCUCAAUAGUCUAAAAUGGCCAAAAACUGUAUAAAACAAUAAUCAUAACAGAUUAGUAGUUAAUUUAAUUAAUUAAUUAAUUUCUUAAUCAUUAAUGCUAUUUUUUUCUGCAGUAAAGAAAUAAUUACUCAUGUAACAAUCAAUAGACCACAGAUAUAUUAAGUCACUACUACAAGAGGUUUUCCCAAUGGAGCAGACUGUUUUUGACAAUCUACUGUUCAGUUUGUACACACCUUUUGUUCAUCACUCGAAAAUUUAUUUGGCAAUUUAAGGCCAAUUAGAAAUAUGUCCCUUUCAGCUGUAGCAAAAAUAGGAUAAAACAUGAAUAAGUAUUUACUGUAUAUAAACAUGGUUCUAUUGUCCAUGUUUGAAAUCACUGUGUAAUGCUCUGCUGUUAACUGAGCAACACUAAACUCAACGAUCUUACCUUCUACUUGCUUCUAUUAUUUUUUAGGAAUUCAUUAAGAGUGACUUUAUCAGUUUGCAGGUUUACAAACUUACAUUUAACUUAAUAUUGCGUGGUGAUACACUGUAUGUUUUCAUCCUGUACUUUACUCACUGAGCCUGAUUCAUAGCAACAUUUUACACAUAGUAUCACAGUGUUGGUUGUUGAUGGGUGGACUUAGGCUGGCAGUAGAUUUAUCAUUUUCAUCAGUGUAUCUGUAUCAUUUACGGUGGUUUGAAGUUUGAAUCAAAAGCUUCUCAGGUACAACUGUUCUGUUUACACAUCAUUCACUCUGAUGUUGUAGAUACACUUGUUAUGCACAUGAAAUGUCCUUUUAAUGGAUAAAUGGUGAAAAAAUAUGAUUGUUUCAGCAUUAGUAGUAUCAGUGUUGUUAGAGGUGAUUUCAUUCUAUUAAAAUUCAUGCAAAGUAAAACAUAAAAAAAUAUGUUGCUCAGUAGCAGAUUUGUAUACUUGUGCGUAGACUGAUGAAUUCAUCAUUGCAUGAUGCUUGUUUUUAAUUUCUUUGAAAAUUGGAUUUCUUAAGUGAUUUUCUGUGAAGCUGUUGGCCUCUUCAGACACCUUGCUGGUAAACAAUGAAUUCAUGUUUUGUUGCUUUGUAGAAAGAAUAUGAAAUGUUAUAACUAUACAUACAUGUUGGUUAUGCAUAUGAAUAAGAUGUCUUAGUUACUGAUCAAUUAGCCACUUUAUUCUUGAAUAAGAAAUUUUGUUCUGGCAGGCCAGAAUGUCAAAUUACUUAAAUUUCAACUUUAUUGUAAAGUAUUAAAAAAAACAGCAGUUAAGUGAUGACAUGAUGGUUUAUGGCUAUCAAUUUAUUGUUCUACUAGGUUAAAUGUUUGUUUAAAUUGAUUUACAGCCAUUAAAUAUUAAAGGAAAACUCUU